AGAGAAGGAGAAGAAUAUGUUAUCAUUAAUGUGAAAAGUCAGCGUCUCCCUCUCUCUCUCUCUUCAUCAACACCGUUCUUCUUCUUCUUCGUCUUCUCUCAGCUCUCUCGAUCAUAAAGAUUUUCCAGGAAAAUCUUCUUGAAUUAAGGAUUUUCCCAGAAAAUUCAUCAUCUCUUACUAAACCCAGUUUUCCCCUCUUGUUCGAUCGUAUAUUCCCCUAGAAAACCCGGAUCUUUUUAAGGUUUAUCCGCUUGGAUUGAUCAUGUGUUUCUUGAUUUUCUGAUUCUUUGUUGAUUUUUUUCCCACAGCGUAUAUACACACACGCACGUAUAUACAUAUAUUAUGUGCAGUGUGUUUGAGUUUUUGGACAUGGACAGCUUCCAAGGAGACCUAACCGACAUCGUACGAGGAACCGGCGGCGGCGGCGGCGGACACGUGUCACCGUCUCCCAUCCCGCCGGGGAUAAACUCGCCGCCGCAGUCAGAUCUCCACGUGGACUUCCCCUCCGCCGGAUUCGGAGAUCCGUUCGUGAACAUGACCGACCCUUUGCUCCAAGAGCUCAACAUCGUCGCCUCCUCCGGCUACUUUCCCGGCGGAGCCAUCGCCGAAGACAACAUCGACAGCGCCGCCGCCGCCACCAUCAGCUGCAGCAACAGUAAUAGUAACAACAACGAUUUCAAGGGUCGUAAGGUAUUUGAUGAAGACGAUCAUAUCCAGAAUCGAUGCAGUGUCUUCCCAAGAAUCAGGAUCUCCCAUAGCAACAUCUUCCACGAGGCCUCGCCGUGUAAUUCUCCGGUGGUUUCUGCGGCAGCGGCGGGGGGGGCUUCUCCGCCGCCGGGUGUCAUCAGAAGAUCUCCGGUGGUCGGAAACGACAUGAUCAACGUCAUCAAUGAUGCAACAAACAGUCCUAGAAAUUGUCUGAUCGAUAAUAAUAAUAACAAUUCUUCCUCAUCGCAAGUCCAGAUCUCUUCUCCGAGGAAUCUUGGCCUGAAAAGAAGGAAGAGCCAGGCGAAGAAGGUGGUUUGCAUACCGGCCCCGGCGGCGGCAAACAGCCGGUCGAGUGGAGAAGUGGUUCCAUCUGAUCUAUGGGCUUGGCGAAAAUACGGUCAAAAACCCAUCAAGGGUUCUCCUUAUCCAAGGGGCUAUUAUAGAUGCAGCAGCUCGAAGGGUUGUUCGGCAAGAAAGCAAGUGGAACGAAGCCGGACCGAUCCGAACAUGUUAGUCAUCACUUACACGUCCGAACACAACCAUCCAUGGCCCAUGCAACGCAACGCGCUCGCCGGCUCGACCCGUUCCUCGUCCCAUUCCUCCAAAUCCUCAUCCGCAAACGCAAACGCUGCCUCCACGUCGUCAUCGAGAGCCUCCCACGAGACAAAGCUCGAGACCCAUUUACCAAAUGCAAACGCAGCGGUCAAGGAAGAGGUUCGCGAUGAACGUCAAGACAAGAUGGAUCUCGACAACAAAAACAACGGUAACGGUAACGGUAACGAGGAUGAUCAGUCGUACAGACCGGAGAUUCAUCACAGCUCGGAGGAUUUCUUCGCCGAUCUCGACGAGAUAGACGGCGACGAUCCUCUGAGUCUGUUGCUCGCUCGAGGGUUUGGCGAUCAGACGAACAAAACGACGUCGUCGGAAUCGUUCGGCGACUUCUUCUUCGACUGGUCGGUGAAUCAUAAUAACGACCAUAACGACGACAACACGACGUCGUUUGAGGACCGAGACGAUUCCUCCAACUCCAAGUCCAUGUAAUAAUAACACUGAUGAGAAGACGGGAUUGCCCUUUACUCCGUGGAAAAUGGUGAGGGGUAAUGUCGUCUUUUCAUGUAGGUUUGUUUACGGCGCGUGCGUGUGAGCAGAGACAGCGGGCCGUUUGUAAACAAAAACCGCUGUUUUUUUUUUUGGGCGAAGUUAUUUUAUUUAUUAUUUCUCUUUGGAAUUAUUGUGAAGAAAAAGACAACACAAAUCAUAGAUAGAUUCAUAUAAUGUCUUAGUGCGAGUAAUCUGAUAUUAUAAAAUAAGAUUAUUUUAUUU